GGACAGAGUCUUGCAGUUGGUCUGCGGCUACCGCUCCUUUCAGGUACUACUCACAGCCGAGCGGCUCCUCAAUACCAUUCAUCGAAUGGCCCCCACUGGACCUUCUGUUAAUGGCAAUCAAAUCGAUUAAGAGAAGGUCCAUCAAGCGAUCCGACUCCCAACCCAGCACUACCAUGUCUCCUCCCUUAUCGCAAACCUCUCAUGGCUUCGAUUACAGACGAGUCCAUAUCUUCAUUUCAGUUUUUCUGCUUCUUGGCGUUCUUGUUCUGUUGGGCAUUUCUUCGAGUAUGUGGAUCAAAUUUGGGUCUGUUGACCAGUCGCAGGAAUCAUCGAAGGUGACGAAAGGAGGUGGAAUCGAACCCCAGAUUUAUGGGAUCCAAGUGAUCAAAGAGUUCCCUCACGAUCCCGGAGCCUUCACUCAGGGGCUUCUUUACGUGGAAAAUGAUACCUUAUUUGAGUCAACUGGCCUAUAUGGGCAGUCUUCAGUGCGAAAAGUUGCUCUCAAGACUGGUAAGGUUGAGGCUUUCCAGAAGAUGAACAGUUCUUAUUUUGGGGAGGGUUUAACUCUUCUUGGCCAAAGGCUGUUCCAAGUAACAUGGUUGAAGAAAACUGGUUUCAUAUAUGACCGAAAUAAUCUAAGCAGAUUUAAGGAAUUCACUCAUCAGAUGCAAGAUGGUUGGGGAUUGGCAACUGAUGGAAAAGUCCUGUUUGGAAGUGAUGGGACAUCCACAUUGUAUCACAUUGACCCUAAAACACUGAAAGUCAUACGACAAGAUGUUGUCAAAUACAAUGGUCAAGAAGUACGCUUCCUUAAUGAGCUGGAGUUUAUUGGGGGUGAAGUUUGGGCAAAUGUUUUUAUGACUGAUUGCAUCGCUAGAAUCUCUCGUGAAGGUGGUAUGGUGCUUGGUUGGAUCCUUCUUCCGCAGUUAAGGAAAGGAUUAAUAGCUGCUGGAUAUGACGGCAUCGAUGUAUUAAAUGGCAUUGCCUGGAAUAACAAAGACGACCGCGUUUAUGUGACGGGAAAACUCUGGCCAAAGCUUUAUGAGAUCAAGCUGCUUCCAACUAACAAGUUCCAUAGUGCAGACGUAAAGCGGCUGUGCUUGCAAUCUAGUUGAGUCACUGAGCAUGUAGUUUACGUUGCCAUUGUUUGAGCUAUACCAUUGAAAGACAUUGAUAUGUGGGAUACUGUCAGUUGUUUGCCCAAAAGAUGGACCGAACCAAUUUGCUCGCAAGGGGUCUGCAGAUGCCUUUGGAAGGGCAGGAGCCAGCCUACUUUGUGUCUUGUUGAUUGUACUAAAAUGUAGUCUAUGAGCCAAUGGAAAACUAGUUUAGAAGCCAUUGAUUGACGAAAGUAGAAGGAAAAACAUUGAAAUACCCGAGUCAUGAAUGACCAGUACAAUGAAUUGGAAUCAUGGGUCUUUAGUCCAUAUAAAUUCUGGAUACUCGGAUUGUUCCAUUCUUUUUAAGUAUCUUGGCAAUGUCGAGUCGUGAGGUGUUUAUGUGUUGAA